CAGCAGCAACUGCAAACAGCAACAGCAACAGCUACAGCUACAGAUCCACUCAAGUCAGUCCGAAAAAAGCGAAGAAGCAAUCAUGUUCAAGCUUACCACUUGUUGUUUACUACUCGUCGCCUUUGUGGCCAUCGCCGAGGCGAGCAAGAAGCCAGCGACACCACCUUGUGCAGGACGUUGCACUCGCAAGGAUUUGGCUGGCCGGGGCACAGUCUGCAUACGCCAUGCCAGGACGAACAUCUGCACCAGGCUGCGUGCCUGCGAACUGCGCCAACGCAACUGCUCCUUGAGGGAUCUCGGCCUGCCCCAGCUGCGCCAGACAUCGCUCGCUCGCUGCGGCCGUGUCAAGGGCAACACUGGCAGUGCUCGCUGUGCGGCAAUUCGUCGUCGUCGCACCGUUCGCCCCACCAGAGGCUGUGCGAUUGCCAACUGCAGACGCCAGAAGCCCAACAGCUGCUGGCGCACAAAGAGUGGUCGCAGCGAGUGGAUCAGCGAUUGCAGUGCUCGGGAGCGCAACUGCCGCAACAAGAGGCGUCCAGACCUUCAGCUGACACGCACCGCUGACUGGGUGUGCCGUGGCCCCAAGAAGGACAAGGACAUCAUCGUCAUCAACAAGGUUUAAGGGCAGCGACAAAUGCGAUCAACCGGCAAUCUAGACGACCGAAUGCAACUUUUAGUAUAUAAGAAUCUUUUUUUUUCAUAGUUUAUAAUUCUUCAGCAAAAUUCUUCUAUAUUUCGUUUAAAUUCAAUAAAAAAUACAUUUUAUAACAAAACUUGCUUGAUAUAUCG